AUGGAUACGGUAAAUGCAAUGAUAUGUUGCAUUCCGUGCACUGGGGAGCCACCAGAUCAACAGUGGCACGUCGGGACAGCAGACGGUGACAUUGCAGACAGAUUUGUCGAAACGCUUCUCAAAGCAGAAAAGCCGGGAAAAAGUCUUGACGAUGAACUGAAGGAUGUCAUGGGAACCACAGGCAUGAACUGGCGAGAGAAGUUGGGGAAAACCAUACUGGCCAAACUCGAGCGCGCCAUCGUCAUUGGCGCCCAAAUGUCUUCCGGAAUGAAAGAGGCGCUGGACAAAAGCAUUGCUGCAGCAGAGGGAUUCGCCAAGGAACACCCUGUUUACACAACGCUGAUUGCCAUCGGCGUGCUGGCCGUGCUCUCGCCUUGGGUUAUUGAGGCGCUUGGGUUCGGUGAACUCGGCCCGAUCGGAGGUGAGAUUGUCCUCGGAGAGCAGGAUAUGAGUUUCUGGCUGACAACCAGUUUCUGUAUAGGAAGCUUCGCAGCGGCAUGGCAAAGAUCAUACGCAGGCUACGUGGAGCGAGGGACUUUGUUUGCGUUCUUCCAGCGCGUUGGGAUGGUCUGGAGACGGUAUCCCAAGACAUGA